UGAAUGAGAUGAAACAAAAACAUGCUCAGGCUGUAAAUGAACUUAGUCAACAGCUAGAGCAAACCAAAUGGGCCAAGGCCAGUCUGGAGAAGGCGAAACAGGCCUUAGAGAAGGAGGUUGUAGACUUGAAUGGAGACCUUCGCUCGCUGGGUAAUGCCAAGCAGGAUGUGGAACAGAAGAAGAAGAAGGUGGAGACCCAGCUUACUGACCUUCAGACUUGCUUCAAUGAGAGUGAAAAGAAGAGCUUGGCGAUGCAGUGUCUAAACUGACAGU